AACAGUCACGUGGCGUGUUACGUAGAGACGUUCGGAUUUUCAUUGAAGGGGUUCAUGUUUGUUAACUUGUGUUCAUAUUUUUUUCUAAAUCUGGUCAUUUUCUAUGAAUUGGCUCGGUUUCAACUGCAGCUGACGGCUUAAAAAAGACCUGAGAUUCACRGGAGAGUUUCAAAGUAAAAAGAAGUUUGAUGUUGGAGGUGGAGCUGUCUGCAGCACAAUGAAUCUUGGUUCUAAAAGUAAAAAACGGGUGGUUCUGCCCAGCCGCCCUGAACUCCCUGCAGUGGACCAGAUCCUGGAGGACCUCAGCAAAGCUGCUCCAGAUGACCCAGUCUUCAGCAUCCUGGAGGAAACUGGACACGAGUCGUCCUCCCCUGCAGACAGCGAGGUGGAGCGCCGCUUCCAGCAGUGUCGUCGGUACCUGGAGCUGAACGAGCAGCUGCAGGAGGCUCAGGGUCGACUGCUGCAGCAGAGAGAGGAGCUGCAGGCGGCGGGGCAGCAGCUGGACAGGAAGGUGGACGAGGUCAAAGGUCAACUCCUCUGAUUCAGGACGCUUAGACUGAACUCUGGUUUAAAUCGUGGCAGGCUCGUCCAGGUGGCAGGUGURUUAGUUGACCUUCGACCUCAGCCGAACUCUGCUCCUGGGUCCCUGAAAUGAGCCGUUCAUCACGUCGGUUUCAAAAUAAAAGCUSCAGGAAGUGUUGGUGAUUUCAAAGGAAAAGUAUGAACCUAAAGAGCGAUUCGCCUGUCUGUGAGACGGGGUGUAGUUGGAGCAAGUCAGACAAAAAA